UUUCCCGGUCCCGGAUACAAUACAUAUUUAAAAUUGAGGCUCCGCAUGGAGCUUGAUGUCAUACAGGUCAUGGGGAGGGUAGGCCUCAAGUUAGGCAUCGGAGAUAACUGACGGAUAUGAAUGGUCGCGUUACAGCACAUAACCCGCAAAUUAUUGAUGAACGGCGGGGUUAUCAACAGAGUUGGAUGCUCAAAGUGCUGGUGUACUGAAAGACUGUACAUAGCUUACAAUGAAUGGAUGCAACGAAAGUUCAGGCUGAGAGCCUCAUUCUAUGAGGCCAUAAAAUAUGAUGUAUCGAGGCCCUCGUUCUGACGCCAUCGGAAAGUCUCGACAUUAGCUUAACCAAAUCAACAACUAACUUCAGGGUCCCCAAUAGUAUCCACGUUUUCUAUUUGCACAAUAGCUUAACAACAUGUGGCACAUCGACGUAUUCAACAGCUUGUCCACACUGAGCGAGUCAAACAAACUUCUCAGUGAACGUUUGGCCAAGCUUGAAGACAGGGCUGACCUGGCAGAACUGAGAGAUAUCUUUCAACAUUUUGGGGUCACUGACACGGUUGGCCUGGCCCUACUUCACAAACACUUCUCCAUUGAAGAAGGUGAACGUGUUGUGGAAUUCGGCCACGUUUCAACCCCAUGGCCUGUCCCUCCAGAUGGUAGAAUGGCUGGAGGCUACCUAGUUCCACGGUCCUGGAGGUUUUGGGAUGAUAUGCUGGAGCCAUAUGAGUUUGGCUUCAAUCAUCCUGGCCAAGAAGAGUACAAGGACGUCCCCCUGCCCGCUGGAUUUGUAGAACGGCUGCGUGCCUUUUUGGCUGAGACAAAUCUCUUGGAUGUCUUGGGCAUCUGUGUCAUUGGUGAAGAUGAAAUUGUCGGCCGCAUCGAGAAGAAUCGAGGUCGUGUCAACUUCACUGUACCUGCCUCUAGGCCUGAGGACCUUAGCGUUGACCUCACCCCGACCCAUAGUCCGUCUGUCUGGUCGUUCGAUUGCAAGAGUGGUCUGAAUGAUGCCACAAUCAAACUUGCGCGGGCUUGUUGGGUCUGUCCAAAGCAUUAUUAAGGGUCGUCCCUUGCAUCCGAUGUCAGAGACAGGUAUUAUGAGAAACGUGAAUGUAACUAGUGAAGAUAGUCAAAAAAUAUCCAUGCGACCUCG